CGUUAAUAUCGCCGCAAAAAAACACCCACCGGGAGGUAAACAACUGUGCAAGUAGAGGCCAUAAAAUGUAUAGCAGCAAGAAACGAAAAUUCAUCAGCGACGGAUUGGACGUUCUUGAAUCCUUUUCAGCACUAGAGGGUGAUCCUCUCGGUGUACAUACUCUUAUCCUUGGAACGCUACCAAGCGACAAGUCGUAUGGUCAAAAUUUGAGCAAGAAAGAAAUUCUUUUACGGGGUGGGGACGGCCACCAAAAUUACGGGCAUUCGAGAAACUCCUUUUGGAACAUCGUUGGGAGCGCGUUUGGGUUUCAUCGACACAAAAUAGCUUUCAAUGACCAAGUAAAUAUUCUGACGGACCAGGGGUACGCCGUUUGGGACGUCUUGUCGCAAGCGAAACGAAAGGGAAGCUUGGACAGCAACCUUGUCAAGGGAAGUCUGGUCCCUACUGAUUUGCCCGGAUUUAUUCUAGACCACCCGAACCUCAAUCGGUUCGUAUUCGCUGCGAACUCUGCGGAAGUAUUCUGCAAGAAAGAAGUUUGGGCAGACUGGCUCGCUACAGGGAAAGCCAAUGCAAGUAGCGCAACAACCACGAGAGACCCUGAUGGGAUUGACAACGAUGAUAAUUUUUCUUGCGAUGCAACGAUAGAAACGAAAUUCUGGAUCCAAGGCGAAGUGUUGAACCCGGAAACUUUUGCACGGACAAAUAGUAUAUUUGGGAAGAAAAAGACUGUGUUGAUAGUCGACGAUGCUGCGAUAGCUAGAUCGUACUCAAAGACGACGACAUACGUCGAACACGACGGCACUCUCCGGCGCAUGAUUGAAUUGAUUGUGAUGCCCUCAACAUCACCGGCGAAUGCGAGUAACCGCCCCCCAGAGAAAGAGAAAAAAUGGCACGUUGCUUGCUAUCGUCUGCGGGAACCUCCAGAGUAUUACAUUUGUCCAGGGUGCGAGUUCCACCGUAAGAGACAUGGCUCAUCUGCCACAGGUAAUGACGAGUAUGAGUAUGGGAAGCAUUGGUUUCAUGAUUGUCCGUAUCGAGAAGAUUGGAAAGCAAUGAAGAAAUUAAAGAGCAAGAAAUCAUUGAAGAAACAGGACGCCGACUUUGACGCGAUCGACCCUUUCGGCUGGUAUCUGUGAGUUUAGCGUGUAACCUUAGAGGACCAUAAAAAAUAUCAAUAUGGUUCAUAGGUUAAGCUAGAAUUUUUUCUAUCAUACUGUUUGAACACUAAAAAAUGAUGAAAAUGGCAGACUUUCUAAUAGAAACUAAGCUUCUAA